CCGCAGCUGGUUAGCACUGUGGCCCCUGUCAACUUAACCGGUGCGCUUAACGCCGCUGGGCCGUCACGUCCUCCGCAGGGUACAAAUCCCCAGAUUACUCCCGACGGUCAUUGCGUCUCAGUUGAGAGCAGUGACGAUGAGUGGGACAUUCCUAGGACCCACAAGAAAAAGAAAGGAAAAACCAUCCGGCCAGCAACUUCCCGAAACUCCGCCUUCGAAAGGCUUGGGGAUAGGGAAGAAGGCGAGGGGAGGGAGGCCGAGCCUGCCCGUACCCAGCGCUCCCGGUCGAACCGGCAGGAGGCUGUGAGAACAAGGGCUUCCCGUCAAGAAGAGGAAGCAGAAAGUCAGCCACACGGACCGGUGGUUAACCGGCUUACCAUGCCACGAAAGGUCAAGAUAGAUGCCCCAAGGUUUACCAGGAAGGAAGCUCUAGAAAUUCACUUGGAUUCUUUCAAUCAAAGUGCAACCAUGAAUGGGUGCAUAGACAAAGAAAAGUGUCUCCUUUUCUUCCAAACCUUGCGGAACCAAGCUACUGAAUGGUUCAACAAGCUUCGCCCAGGAAGCAUUGAUUCGUUCACCGACUUGGCCUCAAAAUUCAAGGCCAAGUUCCAGGAGAAUUGUACUAAGAGGAAGAAGUUCACAUAUCUUAGUACAGCCGGGCAGAGGGAAUCUGAGAACCUCACUCAGGGCAAGGAGUAUCUGCAGAAGAUCCAGGAGAGGAACCAUCAAUGGAUUAUGCGAGCAGCACCAGGAAAUGACCGGGAUGAUAACCGGCGAAGGAAUAACCGGCAGAGAGAACAACAGCCUGCCCCUGACAAAGAGCACAUUGGAAUGAUCUUUGGCGGGCCUGAAGGUGGUGACUCGGCCGCGCAACGGAAGAAUUGGGUCCGCAGCAUACACGUCGGAGAAGUAAGUGCUGACCCGGUCAGACGGAAGCAGACAAGGAGGGAACCAAUUGUCUUCACUGAUCGGGACCUUCUCGCUAUCGAUGAAGAUCAUAAUGAUCCUUUGGUCAUCACCAUGGACAUUAACGGGCUGGAUAUCGCCCGGGUACUAAUUGACACCGGCAGCAGUGUCAACAUUUUGUACAUGGAGACUUUCCAAAAACUCAGGUUGUGUCGGACACAACUUGAACCCCUGAAAACUCCUCUCUCAGGCUUCACGGGAGAUACCGUGGAAGCUGAAGGAUCAAUAGUCAUACCGAUCGAACUUGGAUCGGGGGAUAAAACCGUGUGGAAGAAGAUGCGGUUCAUCGUUGUGGACAUCAAAUGCGUCCACAACACAAUUCUUGGAAUGCCAUGCAUCAACAAAGUCCGAGCGAUCAUUUCCAUGCCUCACUUGUGCAUGAAGUUGCACACGCCGGGUGGUGUGGGAGAGGUGAGAGGCGACCAAAGGAAUGCCCGUGAGUGCUAUGCCCGGGCAGUGAAAAAGAUGACAAAGGGAGUCUACGUCAUCUCCCAAGAAAUCACAAAGGGAGAGACUCGGGAGAAGCUGAAACCCGAGGCUGAAAUGGUGGAGAUCGAACUCCACCCGGGUGACCCCUCAAGGAUGACCCUUGCAGAUUUUCUGGUGGAGAUGACUGGUCUAACUCCAGACCUACCGGGCAGUCAACCUACCAAGCAAUGGUGGGAAAUGGCCGUGGAUGGGGCAUCUGGCCCUAAAGGAUACGGGGGUGGUAUGGUGUUUACCACUCCAGAAGGAUUCAAGAUCUACCAUGCGCUCGUCUUCAACUUCAAGUUGACGAACAAUGAAGCAGAAUACGAAGCUCUUGCUAGAGGACUUCGACUUGCCCAAGCACUUAAAAUCGAUCGGGUCAGUAUAAAAUUUGACUCUAGUCUAAUUGUUGGGCAAGUGACCGGCAACAUGGAAGCAAGGGAAGGGCGAAUGGCACAGUACAAGGAUCUGGUGCUAGCCUUAUUGAAAGGCAUUGCAGAAUUCAAGAUUGCCCAAAUCCCUCGGGCAAAAAACACAGACGCAUAUCUUUUCUCCAAAUUGACGCAGUCUGCCCCCGAGCAUGUUUCAAAACUUGCCCGGGUUGAAAUCCUUGACCAUGCUAGCAUUGAGAAACUGAAAGUUGCCACGAUCGAAGGACAACCUGACCGGUCAAACUCAACAACGGUAGGAGCAGACAAUCACAGGAUGGACGACCUUAUGAAAUACUUGGCAGACGGAAGCUUUGCAACGACCCAAAAACCGGCUUAGUAGUUAGCCGCGAUUUUAAUAAAAAUAAAUAUUAAAUUUAUUUACUCAAAAAUAUGAAUUAUUUGUAAAGUUGUCCGUUUUAAAUAAAAAUUAGUAAACUGAGGUUGUUGGUAGCUUGGAUUGGAUUAAUUAAAGUAGGUUAAUGAUGUAAGUUACCUAGAAGAAUUCUAGGACUGCUUUGAGAGAAUUGAGAUUGUAAGCUGACAAUAGGUGUAGAGCCUUGUGGACUUAGUCGAGUGGCAUUCGGGUAAAGAUGUACGUACAUGGAAUCUGGGAUCUGGUCCGUAGGAUUGGAGGUUCCACCCAACGAGCGCCAUAGGUACCAGGUUGACCAGAAUCAUGGCUGUAGGUAGUGGUUCUGAUGUCAUAGAAUAGACUUUGAGUCAUGGCCGUAGGUAGUGGCUCUAAGUCCUAAGAUAAGAAUGUGGAUAAUGAGAAAUUGGCCUUAGCCUAGAAUACGUUAUGAGCUAGUGUUGGAUAUGAGUUAAUGUAAUGACUUGAAUAUUGUGAUAUUAGCAUAUGCAGAUGAAGAAUAAAGGUAAGUGAUCUAAAGUAUCUUGUUAUAAUAUAGUUUUUUUAUCUGAUAAUUGUUAUGUGAUAUUAUUACUGUUGAACUUGUGUGCAUGAUAUUGUAUGAAGUUAUGAGCUAGUGGGUUCGUCUAUGUGCAUAGUCGAAACGUUAGAUAGUUCUCACUUAGCUUCAAUGCUGAGUGUGUAGCCCUUUUUCCUAUUUGCUACACGUAGGUAACAUGAAUGAUGAAUAAGGAACUAUCCUGGAG